GUUUCGUGUUAAUGAAUAUAUUAGGAAAACAGUUACUAGCAAAGAUUAAUAUAAACAAAAGUGAUAUUUGAUAUUCGAUAGUUAAAUUAGAAACAAAAAAUAUUUAUUUUGGAAUUACGAAUUUUUAUAUUUUUGCUUGCAUUUGGAAUUAGGUUCCACAGAAGCAUCCCUGCUUUGCACAUUUCAUCGUUUCAAUAGUUUAAGCAAUCGGCUGAGUUCGGCCAUUUUUCUUUUUCUUUUACUGAACGAGUGAAGUAGACGUUCGACGCGUUUCACGUUCGUGUGCAGAAAAAUUGUGAAAACUUAGUACAAGUUUUUCUAAAUUACUAAUAGUUGGUGAUAUUCAACUAGAAAAAACUAUUUCCUUAAUAAAAGUGUUAAAUAUAAUCAGCGAAAAUAACUACUUGAAAUUUCAUUAGUCUUUGAAGUAACUGAUGAGAUAGUUAAAAAGAAUAUACAUCCACAGACAAAAAAAAAAUAAUUUUCAUUUAACUGAGACUCUUAAGAGAUAGAGAAAAGACAAUUUAGUAUUUUAUUUGUUCUCGAUUUCUAUAUACAAUAGAAGCAGUGUAAGCAAGUGAGCACGUAUUCGAGAUUUUCCUAAACGGAAAGAAAGAAAAAACCAGCAACUGAUUGGAGGGUAAUAUGAGUAAUGCUAUUAACCAAAAUGGCACAGGUCUAGAGCAGCAGGUUGCUGGUCUGGACUUGAAUGGCGGCAAAGCUAAUAAUAGCAGCCCCAUAACAACGAAGAGUUCAUCCAAUUCCGGCGUUUAUAUACCUCCUCAUCUUCGCGAAGGUGGUAACAGCGCACCUAACGCUAAUAGUGAUAAUCGCGAGGAAGGAGCUCCAUCGACAAAGUACGAAGGUAGAGAACAGCGCGGCGGCGGUGGUGGAGAAUAUCGUAGAGGCGGUGGUGGUCGUGGUUAUAACAAUUCUGGUGGUGGCUACGGCGGACGUCGUGGUGGUAACAGAUACGAAGAUAACAAUAGCGGUGUUGACGGAGACGGAGAGUCACGGCAACAGCGUGGUGGUGACGAUUGGAAUCGCGGAGGACGCGGCCAACAAAAUACGCGAACAUUUGACCGACGUGAAAACGGUGGCUAUCGUGGAGGACGCGGCCAAGGCGGCGGCGGUAGCAACAGCAAUCGAAAUAGUGAAGUUUUGGACGAUCAAACUCAGCCACAACAACCGCGCAACGAUCGUUGGCAGGAACCAGAACGUCGUCCCGAGGACGUUGGGCAGCAACAUAAUGAACGUGGCGGCAGCAGCAGUGGAGGAGAACGGAACUAUGGCGGGCGCUGGAAAGAAGAUCGGCGCGGCGACGUUGAUUACACUAAAUUGGGGCCACGUGACGAACGCGUUGAGCAAGAGCUUUUCGGUGUCGGUAACACCGGUAUUAACUUUGACAAAUACGAGGAUAUACCCGUGGAGGCGACGGGCCAGAAUGUACCGACUAACAUCACAUCAUUUGAUGACGUGCAGCUGACCGAGAUCGUACGCAAUAAUGUGAUGUUGGCUAGAUAUGAUAAACCGACACCGGUGCAGAAAUAUGCGAUCCCAAUCAUUAUAAAUGGGCGCGAUUUAAUGGCCUGCGCACAGACCGGAUCGGGCAAGACAGCAGCUUUUUUGCUGCCCAUUCUUAAUCAGAUGUAUGAGCAUGGCAUAACCCCGCCACCGCAAAAUAAUCGCCAGUACAGUCGCCGCAAGCAGUAUCCGCUCGGCCUAGUGCUGGCACCGACGCGCGAGCUCGCCACACAGAUUUUCGAGGAGGCCAAGAAAUUCGCUUAUCGCUCACGCAUGCGUCCCGCCGUUCUUUAUGGCGGCAAUAAUACGAGUGAGCAAAUGCGCGAAUUGGAUCGCGGCUGUCAUCUGAUUGUGGCCACGCCGGGUCGUCUGGAGGAUAUGAUUACACGCGGUAAAGUGGGUUUGGACAACAUACGAUUUUUGGUAUUGGAUGAAGCCGAUCGUAUGUUGGACAUGGGUUUCGAACCUCAAAUACGUCGCAUUGUCGAGCAAUCGAAUAUGCCACCAACCGGUCAGAGGCAAACCUUGAUGUUCUCCGCUACCUUCCCCAAACAAAUUCAAGAAUUAGCUUCAGAUUUUCUAAGUAAUUAUAUAUUUUUGGCUGUCGGACGUGUUGGUUCCACUUCUGAAAAUAUUACCCAAACAAUAUUAUGGGUAUAUGAACAAGAUAAGCGUUCUUAUUUGCUUGAUUUAUUAUCAUCAAUACGCGAAGGAGUCGAGUAUUCCAAGGAUAGUCUCACUUUGAUUUUCGUGGAGACGAAGAAGGGGGCCGACGCACUGGAGGAAUUCCUCUACCAAUGCAAUCACCCGGUGACAAGCAUUCAUGGAGACCGCACACAAAAGGAACGUGAGGAAGCUUUGCGCUGUUUCCGUUCCGGUGACUGUCCCAUCUUAGUUGCCACCGCGGUGGCAGCACGUGGUCUGGAUAUUCCCCACGUAAAGCACGUCAUUAACUUUGAUUUACCUUCUGAUGUCGAGGAAUACGUACAUCGUAUCGGUCGUACAGGCCGUAUGGGUAAUCUUGGUGUAGCUACAUCAUUUUUCAAUGAAAAGAAUCGCAAUAUAUGUGGAGAUUUGCUGGAGUUGCUCAUCGAAACAAAACAGGAAAUCCCGGUAUUUCUUGAAGAUAUGUCGUCCUCAGACCGCUCACAUGGUGGUAAUAGACGACGUGGAGGCGGCGGCGGUGGUGGUGGUGGUGGACGCUAUGGAGGCGGUUUUGGUUCGCGCGAUUACCGUCAAACGCCUGGCGGAGGUGGUGGCCCACGUACUGGCGGCGGUGGUGGCCCACGUAGUGGUGGCGGAUCGUAUCGCAGCAAUGGUGGUAGCUCUGGCGGCGGCUACUAUGGCAAUAGCGGCGGUAGUGGCGGUGGUGGCGGCGGUGGCGGUGGCUCCUAUGGUGGUAGCUAUUCAUCAUCGCAUGCUAACACAAACUCCGGUGGCCCCGAUUGGUGGGGAAGCUAAAUAAAACGAACUGAUUGCGAAUAUCCGCUGAAAGCGAAAAAAUAUUAAAAGUAUAAUAUGAUUUUAUGAAAAACAAUGAAAAUAUGAAAUUAGCAAGAACAGAAGUCGAGAAUUGAGAGAGUGCAGAGCAAAAACGAUUAACAAUAAUGCGUACAGAAGACAAAAAAAAAACGCAAAAAAUACGAAGAAAAGCAGAAUCAGAAGCGCAAAAAAAAGGAACUUUCUGAAUAUAUUUAAAUAAAAUAUAUUAAUUACUAUUAUUUAUGUAUAGAUUAUUAAUUUUAUAAAAGAGCAAACAUUAAAGCAUAGCAUAAACACAUUCACAUUUGAAUAAGAAACAGACAUCCCUCCCCACACCCAAACAAUGUACACACAUAUAUCGAAAAGGAUUUCACACACUUACUAUACUUACGAACACCAAAAUAUAAGUGUAUCCAAAUACGAUUUUUCAUAAUCAUGACUAAAAACUUCCGCAUAAGGACGUGCAAAAGCACUGGGAAAAACUAACGAAUGCGACAUUUGUGAAAAAUGGACACUACAACAAUUGAAAGAAAUUAUUUUAAAUUGGAAAUAUAAAUACAUGAAUGAAAAAAAGCGUAAGCAUAUGCAAUAUGAUCAAUUUAAAAAAAGAGCACGAAUGACAAGGCACAUUAAAAUUUGAACUGGAUGCAUGAAUGAAUGAAUGAUUUGAGUAGAAGUGGAUACGCAGUCCGUGGUCCGUGGUUGGAACCAAAAGCAUUGGUAAUGUAUUGAAAAAGGUGUGGUUGAACAAGCUGUUAGAUCGAUCUUUAAAUAAUCGAAUUCGCUCUGGGAAAAUACGUAGUACAUAAUACUUUCGAAAGCACUCACUCGAUUUUAAUAAUUACAAAAAAAAACUUAAAAAAGAAAAAGAACCCAUUUAAUAAUUACAAUUACAUUUUUCAAUUUCAUUUUAUUAUUAUUAAAUAAAAUAAAUGUAACUGCAUUAAAAAGCACGAAUGUAAUAAAAUGUAAAUCCAUAUGAAAAACAAAAAAUAUAUAAAACGUGAAAAGCCCGUUUGCAAAAUAAAACUAAAAACUAUAAAAGAAGUACACAGCGGAUACAAGAAAAUAUAGAAGAAAUCAUCAGCAACAGCAAUUUCAAAUAGUUAAUUACUACGAACCUACAAAAUACAAUAAAAAUAUACAUAUAUUAAACAAGUUUGCUAAAUAAAUGUACUUUUUAGCAAAUGAAAA